CGAUCUGUCAGUGUAACCCUCCGCCUGCGGUAGAUGUGAUGAGGCUGGAGUAGCCACCAUUUUGCAUGUCUAGUGUGUUCCUCCCUCCAUUGCUAAUAGAGACGAUUCCAGUCAUUUCUGGCAUCAUUACGGCUAAGAAUGCCAGCUCCGAUCAGACUGCGGGAGCUGAUCCGGACUAUCCGGACAGCACGGACCCAGGCAGAGGAGCGUGAGAUGAUCCAGAAAGAGUGUGCUGCUAUCCGCUCAUCCUUUAGAGAGGAAGACAAUACAUACCGUUGCAGAAAUGUCGCAAAGUUGCUUUAUAUGCACAUGUUAGGCUACCCAGCGCACUUUGGACAGUUGGAGUGUCUGAAGCUGAUUGCAUCUCAGAAGUUCACUGACAAACGAAUAGGUUAUUUGGGAGCUAUGCUGCUGUUGGAUGAGAGGCAGGAUGUCCAUCUGCUAAUGACAAAUUGCAUUAAGAAUGAUUUGAAUCACAGCACACAGUAUGUCCAGGGCCUAGCGUUGUGCACUUUAGGCUGCAUGGGUUCUUCAGAAAUGUGUCGUGACCUGGCAGGGGAAGUAGAGAAGCUCCUUAAAACAUCCAACUCCUACUUGAGGAAAAAGUGAGCAUUAACUCUUGCAGCAUUGUGCGCUGUACAUGUCAUCAGGAAGGUCCCAGAACUCAUGGAAAUGUUCCUGCCAGCAACAAAAAACCUGCUGAGCGAGAAGAACCACGGUGUUCUCCAUACAUCAGUUGUCCUCCUCACUGAGAUGUGUGAAAGAAGUCCCGACAUGCUGGCCCACUUCAGAAAGAAUGAGAAGCUGGUUCCACAGUUGGUGAGAAUCCUGAAGAACCUAAUAAUGUCUGGAUACUCUCCUGAGCAUGACGUGUCAGGCAUAAGUGACCCUUUCCUGCAGGUGCGGAUAUUGAGACUACUCCGAAUUUUAGGCAAGGGUGAUGAUGACUCCAGUGAGGCAAUGAAUGACAUUCUUGCACAGGUUGCGACAAACACAGAAACGAGUAAAAAUGUAGGCAAUGCAAUCCUGUACGAGACCGUACUGACUAUAAUGGACAUCAAGUCUGAAAGUGGACUGAGGGUCUUGGCCAUUAACAUACUAGGUCGCUUCCUUCUUAACAAUGACAAAAAUAUAAGAUAUGUGGCCUUGACAUCUCUACUAAAGACGGUACAAACGGACCACAAUGCAGUGCAGAGGCAUCGGAGCACCAUUGUGGAUUGCUUAAAAGACCUGGAUGUCUCCAUCAAGAGACGUGCAAUGGAACUGAGCUUUGCCCUGGUGAAUGGAAACAACAUUAGAGGCAUGAUGAAAGAGCUGCUCUACUUCCUGGACUCUUGUGACCCUGAAUUCAAAGCAGACUGUGCAUCAGGAGUCUUUCUAGCUGCUGAGAAAUAUGCUCCUUCGAAAAGAUGGCACAUAGACACCAUUAUGAGAGUCCUGACAACAGCGGGGAGCUAUGUGCGAGAUGAUUCCGUUCCCAACCUCAUCCAGCUCAUCACAAACAGCGUGGAGAUGCACGCCUACACAGUACAGAGACUUUACAAAGCUCUGCUGGAUGACAUUUCGCAGCAACCUCUAGUACAGGUAGCAUCCUGGUGCAUAGGAGAGUAUGGAGACCUGCUUGUGUCUGGGCAGUGUGAAGAGGAGGAGCCCAUCCAGGUGACUGAGGAUGAAGUUCUGGACGUGCUGGAAGGCCUCCUGGUGUCUAACCUGUCUACACCUGUGACCCGGGGUUACGCCCUUACUGCCAUCAUGAAGCUGUCUACUCGCUUCACCAGUGUAAACCGAAUCAAGAAGGUGGUCUCGAUAUACGGCAGUAGCAUCGACGUGGAGCUUCAGCAGAGAGCCGUGGAGUACAAUGCGCUUUUCAAGAAAUACGACCAUAUGAGGCCAGCUCUCCUAGAGCGAAUGCCCAUUAUGGAGAAAACUGCUUCUAAUGGCCCCACAGAGAUUGUACAGACUAAUGGGGAGACAGAGCCCUCUGUUGUGGAAGCAAAACAUCCACCACCCAUCACCCAGCCAACCAACCAGGCUAAUGAUUUGUUAGACCUGUUGGGUGGUAAUGAUGUUGUGCCGGUAAUCCAGAACACAGUGUCCACCAAGCCAGCUUCAGCGGGAGGAGAGCUGCUUGAUCUGCUGGGUGACCUCUCGCUAAGUGGUGGUACAUCCCCUGCUCCUGCUCCCUCAGUGCCCACUUCCCAACCCUCUUUCUUCUUGGAUGGCCUCACCUCACAGCCCCUUUUUAAUGACAUUGCAGCUGCAGGUAUCCCUCCCAUGACGGCGUACAACAAGAACGGCCUGAAAAUAGACUUUACGUUUGAGAGAGCUAACCCCAACCCCAACAUUGCAGUCAUUACUAUCCAUGCAUCCAACUCAACAGAAGCAGACAUGACUGAUUUUGUUUUUCAGGCUGCAGUACCAAAGACAUUCCAGCUGCAGCUCCUCUCCCCUAGCAGUAAUGUUGUCCCAGCACUUAACCAGGGAACUGUUACGCAGGUCAUCAGAGUCCUCAAUCCACAGAAGCAACAACUACGAAUGAGGAUCAAGCUGACAUACACCCACAAAGGCUCGGCUGUGCAAGACCUGGCCGAGGUUAAUAACUUCCCCCCUCAGUCCUGGCAGUGAUGAGCUGCUCCUGUUGCUCUUUAAAAGCCCCCACCAAGGGAACUAUGAAAACGAUUUUCCUUUCACCUCCCACCUUUCUUCCAACGGUCCCCCUGUGACAUCAGUGCAGGCGGCUGCCCUCAAGUUGCAUGGGGAGCAGUAGAGCGUUGAACACAGGAGAAAAAUGCAGAUGUUACGAAGACCCUAUUGACUAUUGACAUCACAAGAAUAAUUGGGUAAACAUAUCAAUCAAUGAACUUUGCUUCUUCUUUUUUUUUUUCCCCCCCUUAAUUGGUUUCCUAAUCUCUUUGAUUAGUAUUUUUCUCACACACACAGACACCCUCUGCCCAGCACCGAUAUCACCCACAAAAGCACACGCACACCAUUCACUGUGGUACACUUGACUUCUCUAGUCACAGUAGAGGAAAAGUGUUGCCCACUAUAAGCACUGCAGUAACCAUAGUUUUAUUUUGACAUUGCUCCCUUGAUAUUUAUGAUUGGCUUUGCAUUCGGAUAUUUUAGAUAUGAAUCUUCAGUCCUACAAAGGCAGCAGAAAAAGCUUUGAAAGGUCUAUUUAGUGCAGUCACACUUGUUGGGUAACCUUUGUUUUUGAUCCUUCACAUCAUGAGUGAUAUAACUUGUCAGAGUUGUAUUCAUUUUAAAUUACAUUAAUUUGCUUAAAGCAUGUUUGAGCAUCGUUGGGUCACAAUCACACCUGGACUUAAGCUCGUCUUUUCCGAUUCUGACAGUAGGCCUCUUUAUCCUAUGUUUCUAUAGGGAGUCGUCUACAUUAGUCACAUUAACAAACAGAUCCGGGAUGCUCGCUUCGAUCACCUGUGGCUAGUUUCAUUGAACAUGCUCAGAUUUUCUCACAGCUCUUAUCUGUAGUAAAGCAGCAGCUUGUAGAUCAAUGUAAAACAUCCAAAUAUUCAUUGCUAUGCUUAGUCUGAGGGUGUUCAUACAUUAGAGUGGAUAUAAUCCAGGCCUAAAAAUUGAUCUGAAAAUCGCUUUGUGUUUCAAACUUUUCCUCCAUCUGUGUCCAGAGUCUAGCCUGCAAUGAGUUCAUUUCAGAUUUAUUUAACCUGGUUGAACGUGGUCACCAUGCACAUACAUGUAAAUUAAGCUUGUUAUGAAUGUAGUUAAAUACACUGAAUGCUUUUAUUUCCCCUUAAUUCUUCUUUUUCAUGUCUUUGAUGGGGAUGCUCAUCGUACUGGCACUAUUUGUGUGAAAGUCUGUUUAUUUCUGCAGUAAUUUGACUUAAUUUAUGCCUGAUAUCAAAGUGAUGUGCCUUUCUGACUUAGCUAGUUAAAAGCCCCUGAACCUAUUGAGUUCUGUAUGAGCUUCGUUUGUAAUUCUGCUUAUGUGAUGGUCAUGUUUUCAAUCUGAGGGAAAUGGUCCUGGUGGAUUAGAUCUGGUAUAUCACUUGGUUUAAUUUUACCCUUUCACUCCUGUGUCUAAUGAGUUAAAAAUCAAAGUCACCCAAAAAUCAGUCCCACAAGGAUGUCAAGAGCAAUGUUUUUCUCUACUUUUGACAAAAAAUGCAAAUUUUAUCUUUCUUUACAGUGCGGCAGAUUUUUCCAUUAAAAUACCUGAUGGAUGAUGAUAAUUAAACAGGUCUCAAAGAUAAUGGCAGCUAAUAGAUGUAAACUUUUCGUAAGCUGGCAUCGAGGUUUCAGGUGUUUUUGAAAACUAUAAAUGUUGUCCAAAUAUCACUACAACACCCCCUGAGUCAACAAACAUUACAAUGUGACUUUGAAUGACUUGGUGACAUCCUGGGACAGGUUCGUCUUUGUUUGAUUGGAGUAUGAUUUCUUUGCUCUCAUCCUCUCCGAAUCAGAAUUCUGACCAUGCUGUUGGGGACAGUAACCUUAAUACCUCACAAUGCUCUUUCUUUCUGUUAACUUUCAGUGGCAGUAGAUUGACAGCUUGUUUAGUCACGAAUUACAAUCAAGGGGAGCAUCUGCAUGAGAGAAACUAACAGUAGUUUGUGCAUCUCAUUACUUAACCUUAGCAGCCCUGUGAUGAUGCUGUGCUGAGAUCCUCAUCAGGCUGUAUAAUUAUUUUCACUAUGCUUCACUGUCUUCUAACUUCUGUGACCAAAUCAGAGAGACUAUUAGCUUUGGAAAUAUUUUUGAGCUAUGAUAUGUGUAUAUGGAGAAAAUUAUUUCAGUUUAACUUUUUUUUUUUUUCCUGUUGUUGACAAAUGCUAUAUUGGCUUUUUUUCUGUACAUAUUGAGGGCUUUUACAAUUUUUGUCUCUUGUACUAUCUUUCAUCCUUUUUUUAGAUGCCAUUUUCUAAAAAAAAUUCCAAUUAUUCACAAUGUAUAUUGUCUAAAUAGAUCUAGUCAACAUUAGUCUAUUAAGACUUCCCUGUAUCAUCACUCAUUCAUUGUAAAAGGUAUAUGAUCUGCUGCCUGUACAUUGUAUAUAGUUGUAAAACGAACGCUGAUCAGAUUAAAUAAAACCCACAUGAAGACUUAAAAGAUUAGCUAGAAAGUAUAAUUGUAUGCAUAUAUGUACAAAAAGAAUCUUAAAAAGGAUGCAAUUGACCUGCGUAUAAUUUACUAUUUGUCAUGCUUCAUUCAUGAUGUCGUUUUUUCUUUUACGAUGAUCGAUUGUGAGUCAUUAGGCCACAUGAUCAGGUUCCCUUUGGAUGUUGAAGUAAGGGUUAAAUCUGUCCUGACAGAUGUUGUCUGGAUGAUGUACUACUGAGAAACCUAAGCACAGUGCUGCACAGCAGCAGCAGCAGCAGAAAUAGCACCUUGCUUCAUCUGCUUCUCUGCCCCUCAAACACCUCGUGUAUCCACGCCCUCCUUGGAAGAGCAGCAGCUUACUUAGCAGGAAGCUGCUCUUCCUUCUGGUCUUAUGUUCACUCUUCACAGUUCACAUCUAUUAAACUCUUUUCAGUCUACAAUUUGUUUUGUGAAAUGAAGCCCCCCCCCCCCCCCUUCCCUUUUUUUUUUUUUGGUAUGUUCACUCACUUAGUUGCCUGUCUUUUUGUCUGCCAUGUAGCACCCUCCCAAAAGCAUCUCAACCAAGCAGUCAAGGCCAUUACUAGUGCCACAUAAAGAGGUUUUUGAGCUCACAGCGAUGGAUAUUUUGCCUGCUCGUUGACUUCAGAUGUACGUUCCUGGGUCAGAACAAUGCAGUGCUUUCUUUUGGGUCCUUUUAGUCCAUUGUCGCUUGGCACAACUUUUAAGAAAGCUCUUUGUGAUCUCCAAAAUGAACAGUAGUGAGAAAUUGAUCUGGGUCCUUGCUAUUUCUAAAACCGGCUUUAGUGGCUGCAAAUCAUGGCAGGAUAUGACAAACAGCAGUGGAUGGAUUCUUUUGUGUAAGUCUCUAUAAUUUUGGUUACGUUUCUGAUGUACAAGAACUGAAACAAAACUCGGGCAGAGAAGGGGGGGGGCGUGCAGCUGGCUAAUGACCACAAGGGGGUGCUGUGCAAAAUGGAAGGCUGAAGGGAUUGGAAAGGAAGUUUCAUACAUUUGUUUCUGAAUGUUUUUGUGUUUUGUAUUGUCUUAUUCAACCAGUAUGUACCACAUCAGAUGGUUUCAAUGAUUCAUUGAUUCAUGUUUAAAAUCUGCAAAUUGAAAAGAACCCAACAUGUAAGUGCUUUGGACACUAGCUGUAAAAGGAAGAGAAGAAAUGGAAACAAAUACCCAUCGGAUGUGUCGUCGGUUGUUUUUGUGUGUGUGGGUGAGAGUGUGUAUGAGCGAGAGAGUCAAGCCUGAGAGGGCGCGAUGGUGUGCAACAUGUCUUUUAUCUACAUAGGACGUGAUUUUUGGCUGCAAUUACUUUCAGCUUCUGAGCUGCAUGUGAAAACCAGUGUAAAUAACACCAUUUCUACUCUUGACCCGAGACUCUUUUUGAAAUGCUCGAAAAGUUCAAAUUAUACGAAUCUGUCACACCACCUUCAUGGGUCAGUACUAACAUGUACAAUUAAAAAUUGAGAGUGCUCACAAUGCUGUCAAUGUUUUUAAAGCAUCUGUUGUUUGGAUUUAUUUUGUUUUUUGUUUUUUGAAUUUAGUGUGCAAAGGGCUUGGAAAGCAUCUGAAUUACCACCACGUUAAUGAACUUCCCCUGUUGAGUUAAAAAAAAA